GAAAGGGACGUGGAGCGCGUUCGAGGGGUGCGAGGGCGGGACGAAACCUUAUCCCAGCUUCGGAGGAGGAGCAGCAGAGGGUGAGCGGGGGAGUGCGGGGCUAUCACAAUCCAAGCACCACUUGUCGAGGAAUUGGUGCAAAUCUGCACAGAUUUACGAGCGUUUGUACGUCGCAUUGGAGCUUCGGGAUAGGAGCAGACAUGGCAGCGCUGGGAGCGAGGCGCAUUCUCGCACCAGGAGCGUCGCUGAAGCCGAGCUCAAGUGUGGUGAUUCGGGAAGACAGCGCGUGUUCCACUGUUUCGUGUUGUAGAUUUCUGAGCAGCAAUGCGGGGGAUGUGAUUGAGAAGCGGCAUCCCGGAGGUUUGGUCGUCGGGACUAGUAGUUGCAGCAGGGGUAGGCUCGUGGUAGUUAGUAGGGCUGGUGGCUCGCGGCCUCCUGCGGGAGCCAGGCGGCCGCGACCUCAAAACUCGAGACGUUCUGGGGACAGAGAGGAGGUUAAAGGGGAUGGAACGCUGCUCAAUGGCGACAUUACGGUGCCUAACGUUAGGCUGGUCGACGAGGAACAGAACAUGGUUGGAGUAGUGCCUACGGCAGAAGCACUGCAACGGGCGAGGAAUGCUGAUCUUGAUCUUGUGGCGAUCUCUCUGGAUGCAGAUCCACCUGUGUGCAGAAUUAUGGAUUACAGUAAGUUCAGGUAUGAAGCCCAGAAGAAGAAAAGGGAAGCUCAGAAGAAGGCAUUAGCCAGUCGACAGGAUCUUAAAGAGUUGAAGAUCAGAUACAACAUUGAUGUUCAUGAUUAUGACGUGCGACUGCGGUCAGCAAAAAAGUUCUUGAAGGAUGGCGACAAGGUGAAAGUAGUUUGUCAGUUCAAAGGACGAGAAAUGGAUUUCAAGGAUUUAGCAUUUAAGCUCUUCCAAAGGUUCAUAGACGAUGUUGGAGAGUUGGGGCUCAUUGAGAGUAAACCGGCAAUCGAAGGCAGACAGAUGAUCAUGAUGCUGGGGCCGAACAAGGCUGCUGUUGCCAAAUUGCAGGCCACUACACAGUCGAUUACCAACAAACCCAAGAACAAAAAACAGGACAAUGAAAAUCCCAGCUCAGAAACUGCCUUGAGUGAAGAACUAGAGACUGCCUUGAAUGAAGAACCAGAGACAGCCUCUGUUGCUGUUGAAACUUAAAUUUGCUAGAGCAGUUAAGUACCAGAUGUUGAGUUAUCCAAGAGUGAAGCUGCCGCUGUUGUUUGAUAAAUGCACAUAUAGUUCGACCAGAUAACCAGUUACUGUAUGCCCCAUUUUUGCAGUCAUAAUGCCAUCAUGAGUUUGUAGUAAUUCGCCAGCCCUCUUUGCAGUUCAAAGUACUGCUUUAUGUAUUUGCGGACACUCAAAUAGUAGCAAGAGAAAUUAAAUUAUUUUGGGGCAUUCAACAUGCUCAUCCACUUUCUGGAACA